AUGAAAACCAAGACAUGGAUAGUAAAACAAAAGCCACCCCUACAGACAGUUCCACCAAAAGUUCCUUCUGUGGUAGGAGAUCCCACUACAAACUGGCAUCUAACAAGAGGAGGAGUUCCACCCUACAUAGGAGCACCCACACGGGUCAGGGCUAAGAGACAACCCCUACAAGAAAUGGAGUCGUAUAGCUUCACACAGGCACUAUCUCAGGCUCUCCAAUUAAGAUCAUGGGUGAAAGGAGAUAUAGGACUCACCCAAUUACUGGAUACUAUGUAUAAUAAGAGAGACGACAGAUGCAUCUAG